AGAAGGUGGAAAGAAUGGCUGAGCUGAAGUACAUGUCGGGAUUCGGGAAUGAGUUCAGCUCUGAAGAUCCCCGCUGCCCUGGAGCCUUGCCACAAGGACAGAACAAUCCCCAGGUGUGUCCAUACGGUUUGUACGCCGAGCAGCUCUCAGGCUCAGCAUUCACCUGUCCACGGUCCUCCAACAAGAGAAGUUGGCUGUAUAGGAUCCUGCCCUCUGUUUGCCACAAGCCCUUCCAGCCGCUGGAUCAGGGCCAUCUGACACACAAUUGGGACGAGGCGGAGCCGGAACCCAACCAGCUGAGAUGGAAACCUUUCGAGAUACCUACAGCAACACAGAGGAAGCUGGACUUCGUUACAGGGCUGUACACGUUGUGUGGGGCUGGAGAGCCCAGGUCUAGGAAUGGGUUGGCGGUCCACAUCUUCACCUGCAACACUUCCAUGGUCAACAGGGGCUUUUACAAUUCAGAUGGGGACUUUCUGAUUGUACCACAGCAAGGGAAACUGCUCAUCACUACCGAGUUUGGCAAAUUACUGGUGGAGCCCAACGAGAUCUGCGUCAUACAGCAAGGGAUGCGUUUCAGCGUGGAAGUGUUCGGGGAAACUCGGGGCUACAUCCUGGAAGUCUACGGAGUACAUUUUGAGCUGCCUGACCUCGGACCGAUUGGAGCUAACGGUUUGGCGAACCCACGGGAUUUCCUGGUGCCCGUCGCCUGGUAUGAAGACCGCCAAGUCGCCGAAGGGUACACAGUUAUCAAUAAGUACCAGGGGAAGCUCUUUGCAGCACAACAGGCGCAUUCUCCAUUCAACGUCGUGGCCUGGCACGGGAACUACACGCCGUACAAGUACGAGCUCAGCAACUUCAUGGUCAUCAACGCUACAGCUUUUGACCACGCGGAUCCUUCGAUCUUCACGGUCUUGACCGCAAAGUCAACAAAUCCUGGAGUAGCAAUUGCCGAUUUUGUGAUCUUCCCGCCCCGCUGGGGAGUGGCCACCAACACCUUCCGUCCACCUUAUUACCAUCGGAACUGCAUGAGUGAGUUUAUGGGCCUGAUCAAAGGACAUUACGAGGCGAAGGAAGAAGGAUUUCUGCCUGGAGGGGGCACCCUGCACAGCAUGAUGACGCCCCACGGACCGGACGCCGAGUGCUUUGAGAAAGCCAGCACAAGCAAACUGGAGCCAGAGAGGGUUGCCGAAGGCACGAUGGCCUUCAUGUUCGAGUCUUCCUUGAGCCUGGCAGUCACCAAAUGGGGUCUGAAAACUUGCCUGGAUAAGAUGUACUUCAAGUGCUGGGAACCUCUCAAGAGCCACUUCAAUCCCAGACGCAAGUGAAAUGCCCGGAGAGGCGUGUGGAGCCAAAAGGAACCCCCAGGGGAAAACAAAACUGUGCCACCUUCUAAAUCCAUAAAUUCAAUGCGCAGCUGA